AUGAGGCGCGACACCUUCAUCCGCGCAUUCGGCACAACCACCGUGCACGGCGAUGCAUCACCCCUCCGAACCGACUCGGUGAUGUGGCUUGCAUCAAUGACGAAGCUCCUGACCACCGUUGCCGCGUUGCAGUGUGUUGAGAAAGGUCUGUUCGGGCUCGACAAGCCGAUCUCCAAGAUCUUGCCGGCCUGGGCUAAUCGUUUCAUCUUGACGGGGUUUGAUGACACCUCGGGGGAGCCGUUGUUCCGCAAGGCGACCCAGGCUGUGACUUUGAGACAUCUUCUCACUCAUACGUCAGGCAUGGCCCUUGAACAGGCCCAUCCGUUGCUUGCGAGGUGGAGGAGCUGGACACAGGGGAAGACAGGGGUCGGGAGGUUGCAGAGCGUGAGCGAGGGCGGUGAUAUGAUGGAGUUGAUGGCGGCGGGUUUCGCGGUCUGUGUCUUGCCUCAUGGGAAAUGGUCUCACGCUGACAUGCUUCCCCAGGAACCCAUUGAUGAUCUGGAUGUGCCUUUGGUAUAUGAGCCGGGCGACGGUUGGUCGUAUGCCGGCGGAUUAGACGUCACGGCUCGCAUGAUUGAACAAGCAACCGGUCACGCACGUUUUGAGGACUAUAUGGUCGAACGAAUCUGCAAGCCACUGGGGAUGAGAGCGACCACCUUUCAUCCAGCCAAGAGAGCUGACGUUACAGUGGUGCCUCUGACAGUUAAGUUGCCCAGCAAUCAACUCACCAGUGACAUUCCACUUCCAUUCCCAAACCAGGACCCGAAGCAGGACGGAGGUGGUUCUGGCCUAUUUAGCACUGCGGAGGAUUACCUCAAGCUCCUUACGAGCCUGUUGCGCAACGAUGGGAAAGUCUUGCAGCAGGACACGGUCAAUUCGAUGUUCGAGCCCCAACUUGCAAAUGCUGAGUACCUGAAGGCGAAUCUCGCUAUCCCGGAGUAUGGAAAGUUGAUGGUCCCAGGAAUGCCCGUGGAUCGCGAGUGGAACUGGGGACUCGGCGGGAUAUUGGCCAUGAAUGGCAUUACCGAUCGAGCCAAGGACGGCUCUAUGUGGUGGUGUGGGAUUGCGAACGGACAGUGGUGGAUCGACCGUGCGGCCGGAACGUGUGGAAUAUUGCUGACACAACUCAUCCCGCCUGGUGAUCAGCAGACCUCUGCUCUGUUCGGCGAUUUCCAAAAGGUGAUGCUUGCAAAGGGCCUGGACUAG